GGCCCCCGCGCGUCCCUUUCCACCAUUCCCUGUCCUGCGCCGCUCGGCCCGGUCCAACGGCUACCCCGAGACAGCCAGCUCCAACGGCUCGACCCGCCCACGAUCCCGUCUCCCAGUAUAAACCACCUCGCCGCGCCCCUCCCCAUGGAACCCACUCCCACGCCACGCCCAACCCAGCGCGUCCAAGAAACAGAGCACCGAGGGAAGGAAGGGCUCUCGCUCUCGCCAUGGCCGGAUGCUGCGUGUUCCUCCGGCGGCCGUCGACCUCCUCCGCCCACCGCCUCGGCUACCACUCCCUCGACGGCGACCACGAGGCCGGCCCGCCCCCGGCGGCGACGGUGACGGUGGUGGUCGGGAAGGAGCGGCGGGUGUUCGCCGUGGACCAGCUGGUGCUCGACACCUACCCGUUCCGGGUGCUCCUGGAGGCGGCGGCGGGGAAGGAGGAGCGGAGGGGCAAGGCCCUCUUCGUCGACGUCGACGCCAUCCUCUUCGAGCACAUACUCUGGCUCGCCGGCUGCCACGACCGCUCCGCCGCCUUCCUCCUCCAGCCCGACCUCAAGGACAUCAUCGACUUCUACUCCCAGGACGCCUGAAGCCGACCAGAUCAUCAGAUUCCUCUUCCGUCCACCCAUUCUUUUCUUCUUCUUCUUCUUCUUGUGAUGCUAGUGUGCAUAGUGAAUGAUGAGAUGAUCAUCUGUUACAAGCCACGACAGUGAGAUGAAAAAUACCAGUACUAGUAAAUUAUACUGUAGAAAAGAAAAUCUCUUCGUCGCUA